AAUAAUCAGGAUUUGGGUUCUGUUCUUAUGCAAUCUGAAGCUGAGCUCCCCUCUUCCACACUAGUCUGAAAGUACUUUUCUCCACACACUCGAGGACUGAAGACUUGAUCCAUGGGGAGCUUUCCAGGAGUUUCUCUGUUUCUUCUGGGCGUGACAUUGUCCUUAACUGUAAGUCCUGUCCAGGGUGGAAAGAUUCUGGUGUUCCCCGUUGAUGGCAGCCAUUGGGUGAACAUGAACCUGCUGAUUCAGAGCCUCCACGCCAAAGGCCAUGAAGUCACUGUGGUCCGCACAGCCACUAGCUGGUAUGUCAAAGAAAAGGCACCACAUUACAGCUCCAUCACUGUCACCUUACCAGAGGCUGUCUGCAUAGAGGAGCAGGACUUCUUUGUAACUUUCCUGGCCAAGAUACUCGAGAUCCAAAAACAGGGGACGUCUUUCAUGGCUGUCUUGAAGUUCUACUGGGAAGUGCUAGGUUCAUUAUCAAAAAUCUACCAACAAGCUAGUCUGUUAGGUGUAGAAAUAUUUGAGAACAAGACUCUAAUGUCGAAGAUACGUGACUCUAAAUUUGACCUGGUUCUUUUGGACCCUGGACUUCCUGUUGGAGUUAUAGUGGCCCACAAACUAAAGCUUCCAGUUGUCUUUAAUGUAAAAUGGAUGACCAGUGGGGAUGGCCAUUUUGUUAUAGCUCCAUCUCCAACGUCAUAUGUCCCAACUUCUGGAAAUGCCGUAUCUGACAAGAUGACCUUUUCUGCAAGAGUCAAAAACACAUUCCACUAUUUUGUCAACACCUGCAUUGACAAGUUCAUAGCGUGCCCUCCCUAUGAUAAAAUAGUAGAAAAGUACUUAGGCCCAGAUGUGAACUUCUAUCAGCUUCUUCAAGGUGCAGACCUGUGGCUCAUGAGAGUGGACUUUGUCUUCGAAUUCCCCAGGCCUACCAUGCCGAACAUUGUCUACAUUGGAGGAUUUCAGUGUAAGCCUGCUGAGGCCUUACCUUCAGAGUUGGAGGAGUUUGUUGAAAGUUCAGGAGAACACGGCUUCAUCCUGAUGUCUCUGGGGACGUUGGUGAAUGGUCUGCCAAUAGAAAUAACUUCAGAAAUCGCAGCUGCCUUUGCUCAGCUUCCUCAAAAGGUCGUAUGGAGGCAUGCUGGUGAACGCCCCAACAAUGUGGGGAACAAUACCCUUCUGGUGAAAUGGAUGCCCCAAAAUGACCUGCUGGGUCACCCGAAGAUAAAAGCCUUUGUGGCCCAUGGUGGCACCAAUGGGAUCUAUGAGUCCAUGUACCAUGGUGUGCCAAUUAUUGGCAUUCCCCUGCUGUUUGACCAGUUUGAAAACAUUUUGCGAAUGGAAGUUCGAGGAGCUGCUAAAAUGGUGGAUGUAACAAAAAUCACCCAGCAGAAUUUCCUCAAAGUCCUACAAGAAGUUCUCAUCAAUCCCUCCUACAGAAACAACAUGAAGCGUCUGUCUGCUCUCCAUCGAGACAGACCAAUGCAUCCUCUGGAUGCUGCAGUUUACUGGAUUGAGUUUGUUAUGAGGCACAAAGGAGCUGCACAUUUACGCACCGAGUCUUAUAAGAUGCCCUGGUAUGUGUAUCAUUCUGUGGAUGUUAUAAGCUUUUUGUUGGCCAUCUUAUUUAUGCUGACAGCCUUUGUAGUCGCAGUCAUACGAUUCACGUGCCUUCGAAUGUGCAGGAGGAGGAAACCAAAGCAAGAGUGAUAAAUGUAAUAUUUCAAAAUGAAUUAUUUCAUACGUACCAGUUUUUCUUCAUUGUAUUUCAGUAAUUUCUAAAUAACAAAUUACUUUUAAGACUUUGAGAUAGGACAGAAGGUGACUGACAGGUGCAUUAACAUGGAAAUAAGUUCAGGAAGACAUUCCCAGAAGAUUAAUUCAUUUAAACAUGAAACAUUUUAAUUCAAAACAAAUGUAUUUUUCACAUUUUGUGUGAAAGAGGCAGGAAUUUAUGGAUGUCUAGAAGUCUAUGAAAUUAUAACACAUUAAGACGUUUGAAGUUGCAUUAAAACACAUAAUACUGUGAA